UGAAUUCCACAUACAUUCACGGAUUUACCCAAAAGGAAUCAAGAAAAUAAGUCUGUGCACAAAAAACCAAACACAAUGUGCUUCUCUCUCUGAAUAUUUCUUUCAUAUUGGAGUGCCAUUUAUUGCAGUGAAGGGGAGAAAGAAAGGCUAUUGGGUUUUUUUCCCCCUUCUUUUUUGAGCUGGAAAGCCUGAAACAGAGAGGGGGGCUUAUUGGGUUUAGCAGGAGCUUCUCAAUGUGGAAUAUGUUGAGAGACAAUAGAUUGAUUUUGUUGUUGUUGUUUUCAUGGGUUUGUUCUGUGAAAGCCUCUGUUUCUUAUGACCACAAAGCUAUUACCAUCAAUGGGCAGAGAAGGAUCCUUAUUUCUGGGUCCAUUCACUACCCAAGAAGUACUCCUGAGAUGUGGCCGGAUCUUAUACAGAAGGCCAAAGAUGGAGGGUUGGAUGUUAUACAGACAUAUGUCUUUUGGAAUGGACAUGAACCUUCUCCUGGCAAUUAUUAUUUCGAGGAUAGGUACGAUCUGGUAAAGUUCAUCAAGCUUGUUCAACAAGCAGGCAUGUAUGCUCAUCUGCGAAUCGGCCCAUAUAUCUGUGCCGAGUGGAAUUUUGGUGGAUUCCCUGUUUGGCUAAAAUAUGUUCCUGGCAUUGCCUUCAGAACCGACAAUGGGCCCUUCAAGGCGGCAAUGCAAAAAUUUACACAGAAGAUUGUGAGUAUGAUGAAAGCAGAAAAAUUGUUUGAAACUCAGGGAGGACCCAUUAUCCUUUCACAGAUUGAAAAUGAAUAUGGGCCGGUGGAAUGGGAGAUUGGUGCACCUGGUAAGGCUUUUACAAAAUGGGCGGCUGAGAUGGCUGUGGGUCUUAACACUGGAGUUCCAUGGGUUAUGUGCAAGCAAGAAGAUGCUCCUGAUCCUGUUAUUGAUACUUGUAAUGGAUUCUACUGUGAAAACUUCAAACCAAACAAGGAUUAUAAACCCAAAAUGUGGACGGAGAAUUGGACUGGCUGGUAUACAGAGUUUGGUGGUGCAGUGCCUUAUAGACCAGUAGAAGACAUAGCAUUUUCGGUUGCAAGGUUCAUACAGAAUGGUGGUUCAUUUGUCAAUUACUAUAUGUACCAUGGAGGAACUAACUUUGGCCGGACUUCUGGUGGUCCCUUCAUUGCAACUAGCUAUGACUAUGACGCCCCUAUCGAUGAAUAUGGACUACUGAGGGAACCAAAAUAUGGACAUUUGAGGGAUUUGCACGAAGCCAUCAAGCUAUGUGAACCCGCUUUAGUAUCUGUAGAUCCCCAGGUGACUUCACUAGGGGGUAGUCAAGAGGCUCAUGUCUUCAAGUCAAAGUCUGGUUGUGCUGCAUUCCUUGCAAACUAUGAUGCAACAUCCUCAGCAAAAGUGACUUUUUGGAAUAUGCAGUAUGACCUGCCACAAUGGUCGAUUAGCAUUCUCCCUGACUGCAAGACUGCCGUUUUUAAUACAGCAAGGCUUGGUGCCCAGAGCUCACAGAAGAUUAUGAUGCCCGCAGGAAGUGCCUUCUCGUGGCAGUCAUUUAUUGAAGAAACGGCCACUGCUGAUGAUAGCGAUGUAAUUACUCUGAAUGGAUUGUAUGAGCAAAUAAAUAUUACCAGGGAUGCUACGGACUAUUUGUGGUACACGACAGAUGUCAAGAUUGACCCUGAUGAAGGAUUUCUGAAGAAUGGACAGAAUCCUCUUCUCACAAUUUUUUCAGCUGGUCAUGCUUUGCAUGUUUUCGUCAAUGGUCAAUUGUCAGGUAGAUGUUAUCAAAUGAACUUUGGAAUCAAUCUCGAGUUUUGGGAUCUUUCAUAUGAAUCUCAUUUUUUUUUUCUAACUUCUUGCGUAUAUGCAGGAACUGCCUAUGGCGGAUUAGACAAUCCAAAAUUAACAUUCAGCAACAAUGUGAAUUUGAUUGCUGGAAUAAACAAGCUUUCUUUCUUGAGUGCUGCUGUGGGUCUUCCGAAUGUUGGUCUGCAUUUUGAGACAUGGAAUGCUGGAGUUCUAGGACCAGUGACAUUGAAGGGGAUUAAUGAGGGGACAAGAGAUUUGUCUGGUCAGAAAUGGUCUUACAAGAUUGGUUUGAAAGGAGAAUCAUUGAGCCUUCAUACUAUUAGUGGGAGUUCCUCCGUAGAAUGGGUGGAAGGAUCAUCCUUGGCUAAGCAACAGCCCCUGAUAUGGUAUAAGUCCACUUUUGAUGCACCGGCUGGCAACGACCCAUUGGCAAUAGAUAUGUGGAGCAUGGGGAAGGGUCAAGUAUGGAUAAACGGUCAGAGCAUUGGACGUCACUGGCCUGGAUAUAUAGCACGCGGGCAUUGUGAUGACUGUGACUAUGCUGGAACCUACGAUGCUAAAAAAUGUCGUAGUAAAUGUGGAGAGCCCUCCCAAAAAUGGUACCAUGUUCCAAGAUCGUGGUUGAAGUCGAGCGGAAAUCUGUUGGUUGUGUUUGAAGAAUGGGGUGGGGAUCCUAGUGAGAUAUCUUUGCUCAAAAGAAUCACUGGUAGUGUCUGUGCUGAUGUAUAUGAAGGGCAGCCAUCGUUGAAGAACUGGCAUAUAGGCUCUGGCAAAGACACUAGUCCUAAAGCACAUUUAUGGUGUCCUCCGCCACAGAAAAUCUCGAAAAUAAAGUUUGCAAGCUAUGGACUGCCACAGGGGAGAUGUGGAUACUUUAAAGAGGGGAGCUGUCAUGCCCACAAGUCAUAUAAUGCUUUUGAAAGGAAUUGCGUUGGAAAACAAUCUUGUUCAGUUACAGUGGCAUCUCAAGUUUUUGGAGGAGAUCCAUGUCCAGCUAGCAUGAAGAAGCUUUCAGUCGAGGCUGUAUGCAGCUGAAAUCCUAUUGAAUUUUUUACUUGAAACAAAAUAAAAUAAAAUGAAACUCCACAGGUGAAAUAUGGCCGAAGGCCGAUACUGCAUUUGUAUAUAGACAAAGCUAUAAGUGUGUCAAAUGUGUUUCCACACAUGAUAGUAAGGCUUAUUAGAACAUGAAAAGGUGUUUAGGACAUUCAUACAGGGCAAGCCUUUGGCUUGCCGGGUAUAAAUAUCAUAUAUAAGUUUUCAAGAACUGCAUAUGCAUUGCUUGUACUUUGUCAUAACAAGUUUAAAGGAAUAAAUGCCAGCUUUUGAAUGAUA